AUUCAUUACUCGGUGUUAUGAUUGGCAGGUUCACCUAUGAGAUCGCCCCGGUGUUUGUGUUGAUGGAACAGCUGACUCUGAAGAAAAUGAGAGAGAUGAUCGGUUGGCCAAACGGAGAGGGUGACGGCCUCUUUUCCCCAGGGGGUGCUAUCUCCAACAUGUACAGUGUGAUGAUCGCACGGUACAAGUAUUUCCCAGAGGUGAAGACCAAGGGCAUGUCUGCUGCUCCCCGCCUUGUCCUUUUCACAUCUGAGCAUAGCCACUACUCCAUAAAGAAGGCUGGAGCUGCGCUGGGCUUCGGCACUGAGAACGUGAUCCUGCUCAGCACGGAUGAGAGAGGGAGAGUCAUUCCUGCGGAUUUGGAAGCCAAAAUCCUCGACGCUAAACAGAAGGGUUAUGUGCCAUUGUUUGUGAAUGCAACAGCUGGUUCAACCGUGUAUGGAGCAUUUGACCCCAUCAAUGAGAUUGCUGACAUUUGUGAGAAGUAUAACUUGUGGCUCCAUGUUGAUGGUGCGUGGGGUGGUGGACUGCUGAUGUCUAGGAAGCAUCGCCAUAAGCUUAAUGGAGUUGAGAGGGCCAACUCUGUCACAUGGAACCCACACAAGAUGAUGGGUGUGCCUCUGCAGUGUUCAGCAAUCCUGGUCAGAGAAAAGGUA